UAUCCCAAAUACCGAAAGCAUUAGUUGAUGCAUAGAAGAAAGUAACAAGAACGUAAGAGGUAAAAGUGCACAAAAGAUGUUCCAAUGUCGCACAAAAAAAAUUGCAAGUUAUUCUUACCAUGCCUCGAGAACAUUCCAAAAGUAUGUAGAGCAAGCACAUGAAAUUCCUGGAAACUAUUCUUUAGUGCAUCAACAUGACGGUUCACCACAAUGCUUACCAUGAAGAUCCUUAUGUAAAGGAGUUUGGCAUCAAAAUUAGUGAGAAACUUGCUUCGGUUGAAGCACGCAUUUUACCUGCACCUUGGCUUAAAUACCAUGACACUGGUAGAGAAAAGGAUUGCUUGCCCCAAGUUGGUCAAUGGAAUAUGAUGAACAAGGUUUGCUUUCCGAGCCAAUUGCAACUAUUCAAGUUCCAACUAUCAACAUUUGCAGGUGUCAUGACUGCAUAUAUAGCAUUUUGGGAAUAAAGAUAUUAAAUCCAGAGCUGAGAGAUUUUUGAGCAGUAUCACAAAUUCAAUUGAGACAGUUCUGAGGCGCAAUGUGGAAAUCAGAAUGGGACUUAUUGCAGAUGGGGAAAAUUCUAUAAAUAGGAUAAAAGCAGUCAAGUCACCAAAUUCUAUGGCAGUGGCACAGAAGCAGAUGGAAAUGAUUGGGAUGAUGGGUAGGCACCGAAAUGCAGAUAAUAGCAAAUUAAGUACUUCAUCAUAUCAGGGCCCAUGUAAAGAACAAAUCAAUCUGACCAGAAAAAGCUUUAAUAGUUAUGAGUGUUCAGGGGCUCCCUUGUGCCCACAAUUUUCAUGUGGAAUGCAUUGACGAGUGGUUCCGGUUGAAUGUGAAGUGCCCCCGUUGCCGCUACUCCGUCUUCCCUAACCUCGACCUCAGCGCCCUCUCCAACCUUCACGCUGACUCUGGGUGCCCUCUGCUAGUGUUUUGAUAGCCACAUGCUACGUGCACACGUAGCUAGCAGGCCAGAGCUACCUGUUGAGGUUGCAGGGCCUGCUACGCACAAUCCGAAUGGAGAAUGCUGGUAGAGGCAAUGAUGAUGCUGGCCUAGAAGCAGCAAAAGAUGGAUAAGCAGUGUUAUGUCAGGGUCCGCCAAGCACGAUGGCACCGGUGAUGACGGGCGCGGCCAUGACUUUGUAUUAUUUGUGGAACCUAAUGUUAUGUAACAGUUUGAUUGAGUUAAACUUUAAAUAGACUGUUGUUAACUGUUUUGUUGGUAUUGUGGCUUUCAUGAUUGAUUGUUUCA